AUGGAGAAGGCAGUCGGCAUGCCUUCCAAAGCCCUCGGCCUCAAGGGGGACAAGACAAGCAGGGAGACCGUGCCGGUCGGCAAAGGCGGGGCCAAUCGCUACAAGAAGGUGCUUCGCGACAACAUCCAGGGCAUCACGAAGCCUGCGAUCCGCAGGAUCGCCAAAGAGCAACGUGACAUAAGAGGAGACGCGUGGUGUCCUCAAGCAGUUCCUGGAGAACGUGCUGCGCGAUUCGAUCACCUACACGGAGCACGCUCGCAGGAAGACGGUGAGCCCACUGGAUGUCGUGUACGCCCUGAAGCGCCAGGGCCGCACCAUCUACGGCUUCGGCGUCUGAGCCGGCUGCGCCCCAAAAAGGGGCAGGUCAGGGGAGAGAAAGGUGCCCAUACAGCUGCCCUGGCCUCGUUUUCCUUUUCGGGGGCCGCCGGGGAGGCCCUCGUCGCCCCCGCUGGACUCGCCUCAGAAUGA